AUGGAAUGGGUGAGGAGGGAGAGGGUGUACGGGGUAAGAGAGAGGGUGUCACUUUGGAAGUGGUCGUACAUGGACGUUGUUGCGAGCGUGCGCUCGUCGAUUGUUGCUUGCGCUGCAGAGCGGGAAGAAUGCAUGGAAUUAUUGAAGAAGUCGUUCAGCGUUGGUCAACAAUGCGGAUGUGCGAAUGCGAAUGCAAAAAAGGAAGGCGAACGUAAAAAAAGAAGGACAACGAAGGAGAGGCAACGUAAGCAGCGGAGCGAGGAGCGGGAGGGAUGGAAGGAAGACAAAAAUGGACCAAAGUUGCUUACGCUUUACGUUGAGACUGGGAGGGGACGGUGUAGUCAGCUGCGCAGGGUCUGGGACUCAGUGCGGGCAUUGCAAUGGCAGAUUGGAGAGACGAGUGCAGCGAUGUUUAUUGUCUACAUUGCUGAAGGCAGAGUGACAGCUAGUAGGAUGCUUGCAAGUGGAGGAAGACCGGAGAGAACAAAGCGACGACAUGGUGGCAGGGCAGAGGGUUAG